UCUGUGUGUAGGGUGGGGCCCGCUAGGCGGCGGAGCGGAUAGAGCUGGUGAUGACUAUAAAAACACCUCGAUGAUGGGAGUUGAACACAAAUUUCUGGGAUUUCGAAACGAUCCGAUUGGCGACGAAGAACCAUCAUCGAUAUUCUUCUUCUUAUCAUUAGAACUCGAGAAAAGGAUUUCUGUAAUCUAUCAAUGGCCGACUCUUCUUCAUUGAUUGAUCCUGAGCUUGUAAUUUCUCACAAGUUCCCUGAGACGACGUACACUUAUACUGAAAGAGAUGCAGCACUCUAUGCUCUUGGUGUUGGAGCAUGUGGAAGGGAUGCCUUGGAUAAAUAUGAGCUCAAAUAUGUUUACCAUGAAGAUGGCCAGCAAUCCAUCCAGGUCCUGCCAACUUUUGGUGUUUUAUUUGCUGUUGGAUUUCUUUCACAUCUUUCUCAUGUACCAGGGUUGCAACACGACCCGCGUCUUUUAUUACAUGGACAGCAAUACAUAGAAAUCUACAAGCCAUUUCCUUCUAGUGGUUGUAUGCAAAAUAAAGCAAGCAUCUCCGGAUUGCAUGAUAAAGGUAAAGCAGCAAUUCUUGAGGUAGAAGUCAUAAGUUAUGAGAAAGAGUCCAGUGAACCAAUCUGCUUGAACAGAAUGACUGUCUAUCUGAGGGGUGCUGGUGGCUUUUCAAAAUCAUCUCACCCAUACUCCUAUAGCAAGAAUUCAGCAAGCCAGAAUUUAGCUGCUAAAAUUCCAAAUAGGCAACCAUUUGCAGUUUAUGAGGAAUGCACUCAACCAUCUCAGGCAUUGCUGUAUAGGCUAUCCGGUGACUAUAAUCCAUUGCAUUCAGAUCCUAAGGUUGCAGAAAUUGCAGGAUUUUCUCGCCCGAUACAGCAUGGGUUGUGCACAAUGGGCUUUGCGGUCAGGGCUAUCAUCAAGUGUAUCUGCGGGGGAGACCCAAACAUGAUCAAAAACAUCUCGGGACGAUUUCUUUUACAUGUCUACCCUGGUGAAACCUUGAUCAUGGAGAUGUGGCUUGAAGGCUUGAGGGUUGUAUAUCAGGUAAAGGUAAAAGAACGGAACAAGGCAGUGCUUUCUGGCGUCAUUGAUCUCACUCAUUUGACUUCGUCUCUGUAAAUUCUCACGGUGCGUAUCAUCCAAAAUAUAAAAAGUUUAUGUACUAUAUGAAUAACUGUUUUUAGGGUUGUGGUUUGUUGAGAGAAUCAUCCCCAAUAUGUUUCAAUAAAUUAUAGUGGUGUAUCUACUUUGUGAAAUCUGUUUGGCUUAUUCAUGGAUGAAUUUAAUCCCAGUGCACAUUUUGUAAUUUUUGAUUUAAUUUGAAAAGAAAAUGCCGGUGAAUUGGUGUUUA